AUGAGCUUCGCACGCGCGCGGCUCUUCGCAUGCCCCCCCCUGUGCUUGGCCCAGAUCUUCCAGCAGACACAGCGGGAGUUCGCUCGGGUCGUCGACGCCCGCUUCGCGGCCGCGGGCGGCCGCCUGGGAGCCAUGGGCGAGGAGAUGCGCAAUUUUGGUCGUCUGCGCCAAGAGAUGGAUGAACUUCGCGCGGAGAUGGGCGCGGCGGCCGCUCCACUGGCAGCGCCCCCGCAGCAGGAGACUGGCUGGUCUCGCCCCGUCGACGACGCCAUCCUUUCCGUCGUGGCGCGAGCCAAAGUGCCCGAGCAGGCGGUGUCCCAGGCGCUAGGGCCGCCCCUGGUCGACGCUGAGCUCCGCAACCUCCCGGGCGCGGCGACGGAGCUGGAGGGCGAGGACAUGGGUCGCCACUGCACGCUCCGCUGCGUGGGCGCUGCGGGCCUGGCCGCUCGGCGGACCGGCAAGCUCUUGGGCCUGUGCGUCGGCCGCGAGCGCAACCAGUGCCAGAUCUCCCACGAGAUCUUCCUCAAGCGCAUCAAUGACGCCCCCCGGGAGGUCAUCGCGGAGAAGCUCUUCGUCAACAAGGAGGCCUUCGUGCCCGCG